CGUAAAAGUAUUACUAGUAUCAAUUAUGGAUUUAUGGUACUGUCCAUAUCCUGCUGCUGACUGCUGAGUGUUGUCCACAUCCUAUCCUCAUUCCUCAAUUCUGAAUUUGGAAUUACCAAACAGAGCCAAAAACCCUGAUUUCUGUCCUAAUCAAGCAUUCUCCAUUCUUGGAAUUUGGAAUAUCUCAUUCUUAGGAGUACUAUUGAAGUAGUAUUUCGUACUCACUCAUCACAAACACGCCCAAUUUAAUUUAGCGCAACCCAACAUCAUUUACAGACUGAUUUUGUGAAGAACAUCAAAGAAAGAAACGAAACUGAAAUGGGGUUUUUUAAAUUUAUGAUGAUUCUGCUAAUUUUGUUGGUUGUUAAAGUGGUUUCAGGACAAUCUAUAAGCGAAAGGGAUAGACCUGCUUGUAAAUUUCCUGCGUUUUACAAUUUUGGAGAUUCAAAUUCGGAUACAGGAGGUAUUUCUGCGGCUUUUGAGCCUAUUCCUUGGCCUUAUGGCCAAACUUUCUUCAACAGGCCUUCUGGUCGUGAUUCUGAUGGCCGCGAUCUUAUCGAUUUCAUUGCGGAAGAAGUAGGAUUGCCUUACUUGAGUGCAUACUUGAACUCAAUUGGUACAAAUUUUAGCCAUGGUGCAAAUUUUGCUACCGGAGGAUCUACUAUCCGCAGGCAAAAUGAGACUAUAUUUCAGUAUGGAAUCAGCCCUUUCUCAUUAGAUGUCCAAAUCUGGCAUCAUGAUCAAUUCAAGUCUAGAACCAAGGAUCUUUACAAUACGGUUAAGAGUUCGUUUGAGAGAAGUGUGCUUCCAAGACCCGAAGACUUCUCAAAGGCCCUUUACACAUUCGACAUUGGCCAAAAUGACCUCUCUGUUGCCUUCCGUACAAUGAACGAUGAACAACUUCUUGCUACAAUUCCCAACAUCAUUUCCCAAUUUUCUUCAGCAGUCCAACAUUUGUAUGAGCAAGGAGCAAGGUCAUUCUGGAUACAUAAUACAGGUCCAAUCGGUUGUUUGCCUGUAUCACUCUUUUACAUUACAGAUCCAAAACCAGGGUUUCUGGAUCAAUAUGGCUGCAUAAAGGGACAGAAUGAUAAGGCUAUUGAAUUCAAUAAACAGCUGAAGGAUGCCGUUGCGAAACUUAGGACUCAACUUCCCGAGGCGGCUCUUACAUAUGUGGAUCUUCACUCUGCUAAGUAUGGAUUAAUCAGCCAAACAAAGAGCCUAGGAUUUGCAGACCCUAUGAAGGUAUGUUGUGGCUACCAUGAGAAGGAUGGUCAUGUAUGGUGCGGGCAAAAGGGUGUGAUAGCGAAUGGCACGACCGUGUUUGGUGCAGCGUGCAACAACCCAGAAUUGCAUGUGAGUUGGGAUGGUGUGCACCAUACUGAAGGUGCAAAUCGUUGGUUUGCUAAUCACAUACUCAAUGGCUCACUCAACGAUCCGCCAAUUGCAAUUACCCAUGCUUGUUAUAGGGAUUAAGAUCGUUACAUUACAUUUACUUCCUCCUUUCCAUUAUACUUGCAACUAAUAACGACAAUAUAUUAUUACAAUUUCCCACAUAAUAUGUUACAGUCAAUUGCAAGUAUUUCAGAAUUGAGGUUAUAAUUGAGUGUGUUUUUGUCUUUCGAGCUAGAGUUCAAUGAUAACUUGUGUUACAUGAAGAAUUUAAAAUGAAAUUAGUCUUAGAUUAAUAUCAACAA